AUGCUCAUUUUUGGUUUAACUAAACGUUUGCCUACCGGUGGUAGUUGUAUUUCAAAUGCACUUAGAACUGGUCAACUGGAUAUGUUUAGCAGUGCAUUUAAUGCUGAUCCAGAGCUUCAUGUCAUUCUAGGUCCUCCUAGUACUGGGAAAACUGCCUUAAUUCGUGAGGUGGUAAUGAAUAAAGGCAAUUUCAAACCUCUUUUUCUGGACUGUCGCUCGGGACAGUUUGAUUCUUCAAAGAAUUUAUAUAAUUCUAUUUCCAUGCAAUUCAAACCAUUCUUCAAGGAACGAAAGGAACUCCUGAAAAAAAUAUUGCCAGAAACAGAUCUCAAGGCCAAGUUUCCUUAUUUUUUCGAGUUAAACUUUAAGCUAUUUGAUAAGAAAGAAAAGGAAAUUACUUCUAGUAGUGUCAGUGAGUUGCUUAUUGAAAUUGCUCGUGCUCUUCCGAAAUGGAACAUUUGGCGUGGUGACUAUGCACCUCCACCCAUUUUAAUUGUUGAUGAAGCAAACUUGCUCAGCCAACUUGGAGACAGUUCGAAGAAAGGAGCGGUCCUUCUAAAAUCAUUUCUUAACUGGCUUGUGAUGAAUACAAAACAAGAAAACCGCUUCCAUGCUGUGCUUACCUUUUCUGAUUCAUUUUUUUUGAACUGGAUUAUAAAUCUUUUGCAUGUCCCACAUGCAACCCCGUAUGUUGUUGGAGAUUUGACCAAGGAAGAAGCCGAAGAAUAUUUUGAAAAGCAUGUUCUUCCUCAAUAUAAAUGCAAAGAACUCGAAGGCAAAUUUGACCGCGUUUGCAGAAUAACUGGCACACGUAUGUUGAUUAUUGAUAGAUAUGUUAAUGAAUACAAAAUUUUAGGGGAAAAGCUUACAGAUAGAAGAUUUUCGGUUUCCAGGUUAGAAUAUAACAAGUUAUUUUCUGGUCUUGUUCCUUUUCGCUAUCCAGAUAAGACUCGUGAUCCACUCUGGAAUCAGAAUGAAUUAAUCAAAGUUAUGAAAGCUGUUGUUGAUGCAGAGAAUCGAGGAUUUGUCCUAGAAGCAGAUCUAGAAAAAAAAAUUAGUCAUGAAAAAAUUCAUUCACUUGUUGAUUAUAAUCUUUUACACUGUCGACCGACCAAUAAUUUCGCUUUUGAUAUCAUUGACCCACCAGAUAAAGUAAUGUUGACUGCGAUGAAUAAGCCAUCAUUACGUGCAAUGGAGCACCUCUUAAAUGACCUGGGUCAAUAA